AGCGUUUAAGUGGGGAGAUGUGGAAAUGCAGGAAUUAUUGCAUUUGGUAGUUGAUGCAGUAAAAGAUGCACAAGAAAGUUUUGAGAAACCAACUGCGCAAUUAUUUUACUUAAAAAUAAUGGCCAAAAGUAAUAGUUUCAGUGGCCUUAAUUUUCUUGUUUUAAAAAACAAAAUGCGGUACCUAAAGACAGGUUUCAUUUCCGCUAUGGAGUGGAAGAAGAGCACUGGCGCUGGUCUUACAGCAGAUAUGGGGGAGAGAAGUGUCACAGAACACGUGUUAAAGAUAUGCCCAAAAUUCGAUUAGCUGUAUGACAUUUUUGGCAGACGUAGCAAUGUGAACGUCAACAUUGUGGAAUCUGAUGUUUCUGUGGAGUGUCUUUUAAACCCACCAGAAGUAGAAGUAGAAGCCAUUGCUAUGCCCAGAAAUGUCCGAAAUGAAACCGAUUCGGCCGGUGCAGUGAAAGAUUCUCCAACUCCAUCAACAUCAUCUAGAAUGCGCGGAAUGAACCGAAAAAGAUCUAUUUACGCACAACGCGAUUCUACAUCCUCGAUUAUUGCACUACAACAACGCAGAAUCGAAAUGGAGGAACAGAAACUAAAAAUUAUGAAGGAAAACGCCGAAUUAGACAGAGCACAAGCUCUGCAAAUAAAAAAAAUGGAAUUAGAAGCUCACAAGGAAUUGGAGCUGGAAAAAUUAAAACUUGAGUUUAAACUCAAAAAAUACGAAAUUGAUUUGAAAUACAAAAAUCAGAAAUUGUAAAAGUAACGUUGGAUAUUGAUUAAAAUA